ACAACUAGGAGACACUGUCUCAGAAAACUAACCUCAAAGUCCAAAGAAGCAAAGAUUAAAGAUCCAAUUUUUAUUUCUCCACCACUACCUCUCCUCUUUCUCUGUCGAGGAACCGGGAAGAAGAACACUUUCUAAACUCGCUUUGCCCGUGAGAGAGAGAGAGAGGGAAUCAUGGGUUGUUGUCAAUCAUCGAUUUUGGGGCAAGACCCACUUCGGAGAGACCAAACCCAGCAGCAGCAGCAAGUGGCGCAGCACCACGUGGUGAUUAUGCCUGACUCGACAACGGUGGAAUCGGCGGCGGAGGGAGUCCCGCCGUUCUCGGAGUUCUCGUUCGCCGACCUGAAGGCGGCGACCAACAACUUCAGCUCCGAUAACAUCGUAUCAGAGAGCGGCGAGAGGGCCCCCAAUCUUGUCUACAAGGGCAGGUUGCAGAACCGCCGUUGGAUCGCCGUCAAGAAGUUCACGAAGAUGGCUUGGCCUGAUCCUAAGCAGUUUGCCGAGGAGGCAUGGGGAGUGGGGAAGUUGAGGCACAAAAGACUGGCGAAUUUGAUAGGUUAUUGCUGUGAUGGAGAUGAAAGGCUUCUUGUUGCUGAGUUCAUGCCGAAUGAUACUCUUGCUAAGCAUUUGUUCCACUGGGAAAAUCAAACCAUCGAAUGGGCAAUGAGGUUGCGAGUAGCUUAUCAUAUUGCAGAAGCUCUGGAUUAUUGUAGUAGCGAGGGUCGGCCCUUGUACCACGAUCUGAAUGCGUACCGAGUUCUCUUUGACGAGGAUGGUGAUCCCCGUCUUUCGUGUUUUGGCUUGAUGAAGAACAGCCGGGAUGGUAAAAGUUACAGCACGAAUCUCGCUUAUACGCCUCCUGAAUAUCUAAGAAACGGAAGAGUGACCCCUGAAAGUGUUAUUUACAGUUUCGGCACCGUCCUUCUGGAUUUGCUUAGCGGAAAGCACAUCCCUCCGAGCCAUGCUCUCGAUAUGAUACGUGGCAAAAACAUUAUCCUGUUGAUGGAUUCGCAUCUCGAGGGAAAGUUCUCCACGGAAGAAGCUACAGUUGUUGUUGAACUUGCCUCGAAGUGUUUGCAGUAUGAGCCAAGGGAGAGACCCGAUACGAAGGAUAUCGUCUCAACACUUUCUCCCUUGCAAACUAAAUCUGAUGUCCCGUCUUAUGUAAUGCUAAGAAUCACAAAACACGAGGAGGCGCCUUCCACCCCGCAGCGUCCACUUUCACCGUUGGGAGAGGCAUGUUCAAGAAUGGAUCUCACAGCCAUUCAUCAAAUCUUGGUCAUGACACAUUACAGGGAUGAUGAAGGGACAAACGAGUUAUCUUUCCAAGAAUGGACACAACAGAUGAAAGAUAUGUUGGACGCUCGGAAACGUGGUGAUUAUGCCUUCCGGGACAAAGAUUUCAAGACUGCCAUUGACUGUUACUCGCAGUUUAUAGACGUAGGAACAAUGGUGUCACCGACCGUGUUUGCAAGGCGUAGUCUAUGCUACUUACUGAGCGAUCAGCCAGAUGCAGCCCUCCGAGAUGCGAUGCAAGCUCAGUGCGUGUAUCCCGACUGGCCCACCGCCUUCUAUAUGCAGUCUGUGGCUUUGGCCAAGCUGAACAUGCACACUGAUGCUGCUGACAUGUUGAACGAAGCAGCUCUCCUCGAAGAGAAGAGGCAACGAGGCGGGAAAGGAUCAUGAGCUUUUCGAGGUUCUUCUAUGGAGGAGAGAAUAAGUACAUGUUCAGUUUCCCAAUUUGCUGCUCCUGAGAGAGGCUUCUGAGAAAUCUGUUGUAGAAUCUUUGAGCCUGAGAGAGGAACUGAAACCGAAACCAUGGUCUGUUGCUUUUGUUGAUUGGGAAUGUGAAAACAGGGGGGAUGAGAUGUUUGUUGUAUUGUAUCCAUUCAAAAAUGUGCAUUUCUUCCGAUCUC